CAUAGUUGUUCAUAACUUCAGUCAUACUAAUUUAUUAUUAUAUUGACCGGUUGGGUAUUCGCAGACACCGGAUCCCUAUAAAACCCGAGUCCAAAGAUCGACGAAAAUUCAUCAAAUCUUGGGAAGCGGCGAAGGUAUCCGCUACUUGCUCUGCUCUGCUAGAGGUCACGAUCUCUACGGGGCUCUAUCGGUCUUAAAAAAAACCACCGCGAACUGGAAGAGCUCCUCUUCUUCCGCCGCCGAAACACAAAGAAUCUAUUAUUAUUAGGUUUUUUUUUUUUUUUUUGGUUUAAUCGGUGGUAGAGUUCAAAAAUCACAAAGGCAGCCCAGCCAUGUCCGGCAUCCACCGCUCCUCUGGUGCUGCACUGAAAAACGGCCUCCCUCCCCAGGAACUCCUCGACGAUCUCUGCAGUCGGUUUGUUUUAAAUGUACCAAAAGAAGACCUCCAGUCAUUUGAGAGAAUUUUGUUUCUCGUGGAGUAUGCACAUUGGUUCUAUGAAGACAAUUCAGUGGAAAAGAAUCCAUCGCUGAAGUCAUUCACUCUGAAGGAGUUCACUUCUUUAUUAUUCAACAGAUGUGACGUCCUAAAACCUUAUGUUGCCCAUUUGGAUGACAUUUUUAAGGACUUCACUUCCUACAAGGUCCGAGUUCCUGUAACUGGGGCAAUCAUUUUGGAUGAGACCUAUGAACGGUGUGUGCUAGUGAAGGGUUGGAAAGGGUCAAGCUGGAGUUUUCCACGAGGCAAAAAGAGCAAAGAUGAGGAAGACCACGCAUGUGCCAUCAGAGAAGUCCUGGAGGAAACAGGUUUUGAUGUUUCUAAGUUUCUUAACAAAGAUGAAUACAUUGAGUUGAUAUUUGGACAGCAGCGAGUGCGGCUCUACAUAAUUGCUGGUGUGAAAGAUGACACUUCCUUUGCUCCACUUACCAAAAAAGAGAUCAGUGAAAUCGCAUGGCAACGGCUUGAUGAACUUCAGCCAGCAAAUGACGAUGUGAUAUCUCGUGGGAUUACUGGCCUCAAGCUUUACAUGGUGGCGCCCUUCUUGGCAUCUUUGAAAUCAUGGAUUUCAACACAUCAGUCCCCAAUAGCUCCAAAACCUGACAUGCCUCUCAAAGGAAUGUGUGUCUGGAAAGCAAAGAACAGUUCGACUGGGAAUAGCAGCAGCAGUAGCCCAAUGAUAAUGGAGAGCCAGUCAACUAAACCUGAGCCUGAUAACCCAGCACCUGGCAAGAGCUUCAGAAACUUUAGAUUCGAUACCUCAUCCAUCUUGCAAGCAAUGGAAACUGCCUUUUCUGCUUGAAGUCCUUAGUAGUUUUUGUAAAGUGGUUUUGAGUUUUACAUAGCUGGGUUAGUUUUCACCGUGUCACCUGUAUCAUUACACAUUCACCACCCUUCCUUCACGCAGGCUUCGUAGCUGUACCAGCUGUAUAUGUUUGUGUCAGAUUUUCAGGUUUGGGUUAUAUGUAUAUUUCUGUACAGAAGCCCUUUUCUGGCAAAAUGAUAUGAGCUUCACUUUGUUCAUCUUUGUUAUCAGUAGAAUUAAAGUCAACUUAGCAGUUCUUGUAA